AUGUUUAGGGCUACGUGGCUGCCCGUGAAAGCCUUCAUCCACGCUCUGUGGCACUCCUGGCUUCCUAGGGACGCCCUGGACUUCGGCCUCCGUGAGGCCCACGAUCGGCUUUCGAUUAUUGAGCACCCUUGGUCUUCCAUUAGGGGCCCGUUCAGUGCUGUGUGGGCAACCCUCAAACGCGUCGGGGUUACGGCUGCCUCGGCUACUUCCUGGACUUGGCCCGAUGGGGCCGUCAUCAAUCCCAUGGGCUUCUGCCCUGUUACGAUCCAGGAGCUCGUGUACCGUGCCGUCGAGUGUUGGCAGUUCGCCAAGGUUGCUGACCACUUGGACCCCCCUGAGUUUUGCAACGGUGUCAUACUCAGCCCCCUGAAGGCCCUGCUCAGCACCAAGAGUAAGCUCACGGCACCGCAGGGGGGCCACCUGCGCAGCACCGUGGUUGGGGGACAGUGGCCCCAGAAGCGUCAGUGGGCCGAAGGAUACGAUGCCACGCCUACUUGCCUCCUCUGCCCCCACGCCGAGGGCACGCUGCUGCGCAGGCACUGCUCUUGCGUGCGCCUCGACAGCCUCGAGGGCGCUCCUGCGUCUCGUGUCAAUGCAGUGCGGGCGGCGCAGUCGCCGCUAGCCCUCGUCUUUGCUGGGCGCUGUCUGGUCCCGUUUCCUGCACUCGUCAGGCCGCCGCCUGGGCGAUCCGCGUGCUGGGGGCUUGGAGGGCCUGACAGCUUCACGGGGGAUAUCUACCCUGAUGGAUCGGUUUUUGAAGCUGAGUAUCCCAGCCUCGCGAGUGCGGGCUGGGGGUGCGUGGCGCUUCACCCCGAUUGCCUUCAGGUUGUUUAUUUUUGCUCUGGCCCCGUGCUCGACCCCUUGCAGUGCAUUAGUGCUGCCGAACUCAUCGCAGUCAUUCAUGUGCUGCGCUUUGCGGCGCCGCCAGUGCGCAUGUUUUCGGAUUCAGCCUUUGUCGUGGAUGGCUUCCGCGAGCGUGGCCGCGUCAAAGGUCAUGCGGCCGUAGGUGACAUCCAGCACGGGCGCGCCACGGCGCGCCACAGGUUUGGCAAUAUGAUGGCAGACCGCGCUGCAAAGAGCGCUGCUGCCUUUGCGCGAGUACCGCGGCAGAGCCGUGCGCAGCUGCAGGCUCGCUCCAAGGUUGUCAAGACCUGGGGAGACUGCCGUGCCCGCCUGUGGCCCGAUCAUGCCCUGAAGGUGCUCAAGCGGCUCGGCAAAGGGAGUUUCGCCUCAGUGCCAAGGUGUUUCGGGUCGCAGCGCAGGCGCCGCUCGCAGAGGCCGCUGCGGCCGUUUCUCUUCACGCCGCCCAGCUGGAGGUGUAGCCUCGCGGCAGGAGCGUGGCCCAUGCGGGCCCUGUCCGAAGCCGGCGACAAGCUCCCCCUGACCAUCGGCGGCAGGCUGGGCGGCAUCUACUGCCUGGGCAGGAAGCUGGGCAGCGGUUCUUUCGGCGAGAUUUACUUCGUCGUGGACACCCAGACAGGCGAAGAGCUGGCGGUGAAGCUGGAGAGCUCCAAGAGCAAGUAUCCCAUGCUGGCGUUCGAGGCCAAGCUUCUGAAGCAUCUGCAGGGAGCUCCAGGGUUCGCCAAGGUUCACUAUUCCGACGUGGAUGGUGACUACAACGUCAUGGUGAUGGAUCUACUGGGGCCUUCUCUCGAAGACCUCUUCAACAUGUGCCAUAGGCGCUUCAGCCUCAAGACUGUGGUGAUGAUUGCAGAGCAGAUGUUAUACAGGAUCGAGUACCUCCACUCGAAGCAUUUCAUUCACCGCGACAUUAAGCCUGACAACUUCCUCGUGGGGGCCGGCAAGAAGGCGUCCAUCGUCCAUCUCAUAGACUUUGGCCUCGCGAAGAAAUACCGGGACCCGAAGUCGCAGCAGCACAUACCCUACGUGGAAGGGAAGAGCCUCACGGGCACGGCCCGUUACGCGUCCAUCAACGCCCACAUUGGUGUCGAGCAGAGCCGCCGAGACGACCUCGAGGCGAUCGGCUACGUCCUGAUGUAUUUCAACCGCGGCAAGCUACCGUGGCAGGGCAUACAGGCUCCCACAAAGGAAGUGAAGUACCAGAAGAUCAAAGAGGUCAAGAUGGAGACCCCGAUCGAGGCCCUCUGCGAAGGGUACCCGGAGGUCUUCUCCACGUACCUCAAGUACUGCAAGGCUCUCCGCUUCGAGGACCGGCCCGACUACGCCUACCUCCGCGGUCUCUUCAAGAACCUCUACCAGCAGGAGGGUUUUGUGAACAACGGCAUGUUCGACUGGUCGCAGCCUUCAACUCAAGGGAGCACCACAGCCGCCAGCGCCCAGAGGGACGGCGGGGACGGUCCAGACCUUGCAGUCCGUGACUCGGCCGCCGACGUGGCGAAUAAAGAGGCGACGGCCCGGUGCCUGAGCCCAGGCCGGGCCGGCCGGGUGAGCAGGCCGCUGACCCCCAGCAGGGACGGGGCUCACGUCGUGGAGAAGAGGUCGCUGGUGACCGUCGCCUCCACCACGGGCGCCUGCUCACCGACCGACGUCGGCAGGCGGUCGGCAGGCCUGCAGACCAUGAGGACGACAAGGAGCGGCACGCCGGCGGACGGCGGCGGCGACAGGGAUGCCGGCAAAGACAAGGUGAACAAGCCAGACAUGCCGGACUUUGACGUACGGAAGCAGCCCAAGGGCAUAUUGUCAUUAUUCGGAUGUUGUGCGAAAGCUGGAGUGAAAGACUAA